GAGGGUUAUGUCAUCCUUCCGCGCCGGCCUGCCCCGCGACGCGCCGGCGGCUGGCGCAGCCCUUCGCUCGCCCGGCCUCCCCCUCCCUGGUUCCGCGCUCGGGUUCCGCCAUGGAAUCCAACAAGGAUGAAGCCGAGCGCUGUAUCAGCAUCGCCCUCAAGGCCAUCCAAAGCAACCAGCCCGAGCGGGCGCUGCGCUUCCUGGAGAAGGCGCAGCGGCUGUACCCGACGCCACGAGUCAGCGCUCUGAUCGAGUCCCUCAACCAAAAACCACAGUCUGCCGGCGAUCAACCCCAACCCACAGACACAUCUCGCACCACCCACAGGAAGGCAGGCGGGACGGAAACCCCCUCAGCCAACGGCGAGGCAGGAGGAGGAGAGAGCGCCAAGGGAUACACCUCAGAGCAAGUGGCGGCCGUGAAAAGGGUCAAGCAGUGUAAAGAUUACUACGAGAUCCUUGGGGUGAGCAGGGGUGCCUCAGAGGAGGACCUGAAGAAGGCCUACCGCAAACUGGCCCUCAAGUUCCAUCCAGACAAGAACCAUGCCCCUGGCGCCACUGAAGCUUUCAAAGCCAUCGGCACAGCCUACGCCGUCCUCAGCAACCCCGAGAAAAGGAAACAGUACGACCAGUUUGGUGACGACAAGAGCCAGGCCGCCCGGCACGGCCACAGCCACGGGGACUUCCACCGCGGCUUUGAGGCCGACAUCUCCCCUGAAGACCUCUUCAACAUGUUCUUUGGUGGCGGCUUUCCCUCCAGUAACGUCCACGUCUACAGCAAUGGCCGAAUGCGAUACACCUACCAGCAGAGGCAGGACCGCAGGGAGAACCAGGGUGAUGUGAGUGACCGGGGGCUGAGUGACCCCCCGGGACCCCUGGGGGAAAGCCCCAGAGAAGAAGGAGUCCUGAUCCACUUCAGACAAGGAGCCAUCUUUGCUCCCUCCCGGUGCCAUUCUGCUAAGGGACACCAGGGGGAGCCACACUCCAUGUUGCUUAAUACUUUGGCUUCUAUCAGGGAGUAUGAGACGAGGAAACUUCUCCACCUCCAGGCCGCUUCUAAUAGGAAUAAUUUUUGUGGAGUCCAUUUGUUCUUAAGGCUGAGGUAA